AAAAGACAGAGACACUGGGGGUUUGAAUUUCUAAUGUAGUUCUUCUUGGAAAAACAAACCCUAAAAAUAAUGUUGAUAAAGACUAGAUGGGCCGUCAAAAGCCUUGUUGCAGUUGGGCCGACACAUCCACUUCUCAUAUAAAUAACCUCGAACCCAUACUCCGGCGAAAACCUAUAGCUUGCAGCGCCACCUACACCGAGCAGCCAAGCGAGGAAGCGAAGACCCAUUUCCCCGAGCGCAAGAGUACCAUGGCGGCGGCGGCAGUUUAUGGCGGCCUCAAGGGGAAGCUUGGCGUCGAGGAUGCCCCCGAGCUGCAGCUGAAUCGCAUCCGCAUCACCCUCUCAUCCAAGAACGUCAAGAACCUGGAGAAAGUUUGUGCGGAUUUGGUAAAGGGAGCCAAGGAUAAGCAUCUGAGGGUUAAGGGGCCUGUCAGGAUCCCUACUAAGGUUCUCCACAUCACCACCCGCAAAUCCCCUUGCGGUGAAGGAACAAACACAUGGGACCGGUUUGAGUUCCGCAUCCAUAAGAGGGUGAUCGACCUGAUCAGCUCCCCAGACGUGGUGAAGCAGAUCACCUCUAUCACCAUUGAGCCGGGUGUUGAGGUCGAGGUGACCGUUGCAGACGUGUAAUGACGAUCUAUAUAUUCGUGUUGCUUUUGUUUUUGUGCUCCCCUUGUGUGCCUGUAAGAGAGACAUCGAGUUAUUGUUAGCUUAUAAUCCUUUUGUAGCUGUAUGUCUUAUCUGUGGGCUGCGCAACUUAAAAUUUUGGUUCAGUAAUCUAGUUUGUCAGGGCAACUAGUUCGCUUCAGUCUUCUGUCAACUAUUGUGAUGAACCUCGCUUCGUUCAAUUUUUUAUGAUAAACCUUGUAUUUAGCACGUGACCGAAUUCUAUUAGCAUAAAGUAAACUGGGUGUCGACCAUUAUGUGGUACCUAUGAGGUUCAUGCAGCAGUUUAGUGCUCUACUUGAAGAGUCCAUCUCUGUACGACUCUA